GGAGGACUCUAGUUGGAUUAACAGACUAAUCCGGAAGUCUAUGCUGUGUGAGAGGAACGAUAGACGGGAACUCGGAGCACCAACGACACAAGAUAGCAAAGACAUUUCCGCAUUCCGUGGAAACAUGGUAUUUUUUAAUAAUUGACAGAUAAAUUAUCUGGUUUGGUGCUGGACUGCCACAACCUUUAUAGACAAGAUGAAAAUCCUUUUCUAUAGAACUAGCAACAAGAUGAAAAUCCUUUUCUAUAGAACUAGCAACAACACUGACUUGAACUAUGUUACAGGUAAUGCUGAGCAAAGAAACUUUCCAGUUCUGCAACACAGCUUGGACGUGCAAGUUUAGCAGUGCUUUUGCUCCGAAAAAUGACCUCCUUGUCGGACAGUGACCCUGUUGUAUUUGAACUGGAUUUAAGGAGCAGUGAAGCUCAACUUGAGCUGAUUGAACAAGAUGAACAGAAUGUGGAAACCCUCCCACAGAAUGCGGUGGACAAAGUUACUGAGAUCCCAAGGGGGAUUGCCCAUGAGGCUACCAAAAGUGAAGUGGAGAAUUCCAUCAAUCAAAUAAUAAGUGCAGACUCUGACAGUGCUGAUUCUGCAAGCAGCCUUUUUAAAACACAGUGCCCUCUAGAUGUAAGCCAGAAUGUUAGAAGGCGUCAUUGUUCGGGACCAUCUAUCCCUUCUGGAGCCAGUGUUCAAAACAUAAGAAGAAGUAAUGAACCCUCUACGGAUUCUGAUGAAGAGGCAUCUCCUCACCAUGUACAGAGGUAUUCUUUGGCUAGAAGGAGAAUGCAUAAUGAAAGAAGAAGAUGGCCUCCAUUGACCGGUAGAAGAAGACAGCUAUAUCCAUCUGCUUCACGGAAACGGUACUUAAAGAUCCGCAAAAAUAAAGGAGUUCCGUUCACUUUUUUGAAAGAUGAAGUUGGGGUAAAUGAACUGCCCCAUAAAAUGAUCCUAAUGUAUGAGCAAGCUGCACUUUGGGGGUUUUUCAGUUGCGUACAAAAACAGAAGUUUGACAGUUGUUUACAAAAACAGCUAGAAGACCUUGGCAGUGGCAAGGAUUUAGAACUGAGAGAACACAGCUAUGCUGAUGAAUCGGAGUCCAUUUCUCCGAUAGAGGUAGAGGGCGAAGACAUUAAUAGCAGUGAUGAUGAAGAAAGAUCUGAUGCCAAAUUUGUGGAUAAAAGUUUUUUGUUAACUGAAAACUCAAAGAAGAGAUUUCAUGAAGAGGAUGCUAGGAACAUUGAUGCUCAACAGCAAAGUGGAAAUGAAAGAAUCAGAAGAAUAAGUACUAAGACUGUCCCAAACCCAGAAGAGGAAGGUGAGACCCAUGGUCAUGAGAAGCCCUUUGAAGAAGCCACUCAGAAAAGAGACAGUGGAGCAAAAGUCCACCCUGCUGUAAUUAAUAACAUGGAUCAUGACAGAGAUUUGUCUGAGAAACCGAAAAAGAAAAAAAAAGCUAAGAAAACAAUUGACAAGAACUUCAGUGAUCAAAUCCAAGGUGAAGCUAUUGCAGCUAACACAGUAAAUAAUCAGGGUAUCUUUGGCAGUGAAGAAGAUAUUGAGACCCAAAUAGAGGUUCCUUUUCACCAUAACUGUGAAGAGAUUCCUGACAAUGUAAUACAUGAAGGAGAGAAAGAAGAAGCUGCUUCUUUGUCUUUGAUUAAUGAUGAGGACAGUAACAAUUAUUUGACUGAGAAAUCAAAAAAGAAGAAGAAGAAAACAAGUAAGAAAAAAAUUGAAAAGAAUGUCAGUAAUCAUGUGCAGAGUGGAACUGUCCUGGCCAGUGGAGAAAAUGAUGAGGCUUUUGAUGGCACUGAAGCAGAUGAUGAGACACAAAUAGAACUUCCUUUUCACCCCACUUAUGAAGAAAUAACUGAAAGACUGGGUUCUGAAGGAGAAAAGGAAGUUUCCUUGUCUCUCGUCAGUAAUGUGGGCAGUGACAAUUAUUUGACUGAGAAAUCAAAAAAGAAGAAAACAAGUAAGAAAAACAUUAACAAGAACUUCAGUGAUCAAGUGCAGAGUGGAACUGUGCAGGCUAGCAGAGUAAAUGAGGCUUUUUGUGGCGCUGAAGCAGAUGAUGAGACAGAAGUAGAACUUCCUUUUCAGCACAAUUAUGCAGAGGUGCCUGAAAGACUGAGUUCUGAAGGAGAAAAGGAAGUUUCCUUGUCUCAUGUCAGUGAUGUGGACAGUAGUAAUUAUUUGACUAAGAAAUCAAAAAAGAAGAAAACAAAUAAGAAAAACAUUGACAAGAACAGAAGUAAUCGUGUGCAGAGUGGAACUGUCCUGGCCAGCGGAGAAAAUGAUGAGGCUUUUGAUGGCACUGAAGCAGAUGAUGAGACACAAAUAGAACGUCAUUUUCACCCCACUUAUGAAGAGGUGCCUGAAAGACUGAAUUCUGAGGGAGGAAAGGAAUAUUCACAGUCUCUUAUCAGUGAUGUGGACAGUAGUAAUUAUGUGACUAAGAAAUCAAAAAAGAAGAAAACAAGUAAGAAAAACAUUGACAAGAACGUCAGUAAUCAUGUGCAGAGUGGAACUGUCAUGGCCAGUGGAGAAAAUGAUGAGGCUUUUGAUGGCACUGAAGCAGAUGAUGAGACACAAAUAGAACGUCCUUUUCACCCCACUUAUGAAGAGGUGCCUGAAAGACUGAAUUCUGAGGGUGGAAAGGAAGAUUCACAGUCUCUAAUCAGUGAUGAGGACAGUAGCAGUUUUUUGACUGAUCAGUCAAAAAAGAAGAAAACAUUUAAGAAAAACAUUGAUAAGAACUUCAGUGAUCAAACGCAGAGUGGAAAUGUCCUGGGCAACAGAGUAAAUGAAGAGGCUUUUUCUGGCACUGAAGCAGAUGAUGAGAUACAAAUAGAACUUCCUGUUCACCACAGUUAUGAAGAGAUGCCUGAAAGACUGAGUUCUGAAGGAGAAAAGGAAGGCUCAUUGUCUCUAUUCAGUGAUGUGGACAAUAGCUGUUUUACGAGGACUAAAAGACGAAAAAAGAAGAAAAAGAAAAAAAGUGAGGAUGAUGCCAUUAAGGAAGAUGUUUUGAUAAAAAGUGGAAUGGCUCAUGAAGUGAAUGGUGAGCAUGGACAUGACAUGGAAGAGGAGGCUUGCACCCAGCAUAACGUCAGUUUUCUAGGAAAGAGAAAAAGAAAUAAGAAGCAAGACAGGAAUGAUGAUUCCAAGACCACAGAUUCUCAGAAACAGAGUAAAAGGGAAAUGGCCCACAAAAUUAAUUAUGAUCUGUUUUCCGAAGUGGAAUGGAGUGAAGAGAGCCUGACAGAAAAUGCUGUACAACAAGAUCACCUGGAGACCACAAAAGUAAUGAACCAGACAUCAAAAAUAGAAGAGGAGAGUUCUUCAGGAUUGAUCAGUGUCAUGGGUAUGACACAUUUUCUGAUAACUGAGAAGGCUCAAAAGAAGAAAAAGAAGAAAAAACAGAAAGAGGAGAGAGAUGAUGCAUGGAAACCAAGCAGUUGGAUAGAUGCUACAAGGAAAGGAAUGCUUUCACGAGACUUGUCAGAUGGAUUUGAAAACAAUGAAAAGUUUUCCUGUCACUCUGUGGGGGAGGAGCCUUUUAAAGAACUGUCACACAAAGAAAGAAAAAGAGAUGGACCUUCAUCAGAAGUACACAAGGGAAAUGUAUAUGUGGCCUCUGAUGGAGGGAACAAAUGUAUAUCAAGUGACAUUCACCUGCUGCAGAAAGAGGGCAGCAGUAAAUCCACUUCAUCAGAGUCGCAUCAUUUUCUGCCCCCUGGUGGCACAAAUCAGACAAAUAUCAGUAUGUAUCUGGGUACAAAACAAAAAAUAACUAAAAAAAGAAAACUCUAUACUUACCAGGAGUCAGACAAAUUUCACCUUCCAGCUUUGGACUAGAUUGAGUGAUGGCAGUACCUUUAUUUAUUUGUUUAACUUGUUUUGUAUUUUGACAGAAUAAGGCAUCUGAAGUACACUGCCUCAAGAAUGAUGAAUCUUGGUUUCUUAGGGUUAAACGCACUGUAAGGACUGGACUGUAGAGAGAAAGAGAUCAUGCUAUUUUAAAUGUGGUUUACUGUCAGGCCUGUAUCAGGUUAAUGACAUAGAAUCAGCAGGUGUGACAGGGAGAAGCCAUGCAGUUCUCAUGCUUGGUAGCUCUGUGUCUGUUGAUGUAUUUUUAUUUUUGCUCACUGUGUGGGUUGCACUGUUUUUACUUGCAUUUUCCUAUGUAUAAGGCCUCCUUCCAGCCACUAACUGCACAGCAGUAAUAUGUAUGUGUGUCUUCUCUAAUCAUUGUGGCAUAAAGUCUUUUACUCUUUGUAUCUGAACCACCUUCCUCAUAAAACUUACAGAGGAGAAAGCUGCAUCCCACAGUCUUUACUGGCCGGCUGAGGCUGGGCUGUAGUAUUACACCAGCAAAGGCAGAAAGGACUGGUAAUGGAAGAGCAGAACUCUACCUGUGUAUUCAUUUGAACUGCAGAGUUUCCAUCUGUGACUUCAAGUAGACCAAGUAUAAUAUCUGCUGGCAGAUACAAAUGGAAAUAUAAAACCUGACAAAUAGUUAUUCUAGGUGUUUUACAGGUAAUUAUCAUAUGUAAAAUGACUUUGUUCUGCUGUUUUACCAUUGUAGCUGUCAUUUGUGAUGUAUCAGUUUUCAGUUUUGGGAUGCUAUCACUACAUUAUUAUUGGUCAUCAAAGCAGCUAUUGCUCUGUGUGCUUAUUGGCAGUUGUAAAUUUAAGUAAGUAACUUGAGUGCCAGUCUUAGUGUUGCUCUGAAUGUGAGUCUAAGGGCAGUGGGUAUUAAGACUGCUAAAGCUGUACAUAAAAGUGUUGGCAGUUUUUAAUAGGUUUUCUUUGACUGCACUUGGCUUUGUUCAAAGAUGAUUUUAAUGUCACAUCAUGGAUCUGUUUCAACUGAUAGAAUUGAAAUUAACUGAUUCUUUUCUGUUUAUUAAUCAGACUCAACUGAAAAAAAUUAAACUGUUUUUAGCAAAUAGAAAAUCCACUAACAGCUGUAUACUGUAGUAUUCAGUAUAAAAGUAGAUAACAGGAUUUUUGCAGAUGUCAGGCCCUCCUUUACACACCCAGGGUGUGAGGCUUUGCCUGCUUCCUAUCUCCACUUUUAUGCUAACAACUGAAACAAAAGAAAACUAGAAGUUUCCCUUUUCUCCAAUACUUUGGAAUCUGUUUUAAUAAAUAGACAUAAUUAUGGAAGGGGAGGGGUGAAGCCCCCCUCACGUUAAGGUCUACAGGAUGAUGAGGUUUUUGCAGAAGAAUGAAGUUUUGUAAUGGUGUUUGUUUUCAUUUGUGUUUGAACAUCGUUCAACUCAUUAAAUUGAAAUGCUCGUCAUUUGA